AGCUGCCUGUCGCUUGUAUGUUUUCGUCUCUCAUGUCAGUUUUUUCUCAAAAUUCAAAUAAAAAAAUUGAUAUGUAUUGUGAAUCCUCCAAUAUUGGUAGUGAGUACCUCCAAUUUUUCGCCACAAGAAAGUAAUCCAUCGAGAGUUAUUUCGACUCGUCAUCAGAAGCAAUUCUAUCUCAUUGUCCACAGAAGGUAAAAAUUCAACAGGAAUGCUAAAUCAUAGCCGUAACAGGUGCAUCCGAAAUGUAUAUUUGUUGCGUAAACAUGUUAAUGUUAACACAAUCAAUAAUCUCUGUCCAGCAACAUGAUUUGAUUUGCUUCUAUUUGUAGUUUCGGCGGCUUCCGUCUACCGAAACAGACCGAUAUGGAGGCCCCAAAAACAUCUGACAUUGUCUUGGUAUCAGGAAAUUCGCACCCUGAACUCUCAAAUUUGAUCCAUAGCAGGCUUGGAGUAAAAGCCAGUGGUUGUUCUAUUUAUCACAAGUCGAAUCGUGAGACUAUGGUUCAGAUUGGAGAUUCAGUGAGGGGAAAAGAUGUGUAUAUUAUACAGACAGGAACCAAAGAUGUGAAUAACAACAUAAUGGAACUUCUUAUAAUGGCAUAUGCUUGCAAAACAUCAUCGGCAAAGUCCAUUGUGGGUGUGAUCCCAUACCUACCAUAUAGCAAGCAAUGUAAAAUGCGUAAGAGGGGUAGUAUCGUUACCAAACUACUUGCCCAAAUGAUGGUCAAAUCCGGACUGUCUCAUAUUAUAACCAUGGACCUGUACCAAAAAGAAAUUCAAGGAUUCUUUGAUUGUCCAGUUGAUAAUUUGAGGGCUAGCCCGUUCUUGCUGCAGUAUAUUCAAGAAAGUAUUCCAGAUUAUCGCAACUCAGUGAUAGUCGCCCGUAAUCCUGCAGCAACAGCCAAAGCCACGUCUUACGCUGAACGUCUUCGUUUAGGCAUUGCAGUUAUUCAUGGUGAACAAAAAGAAGCAGAAUCAGAUGAAGUUGACGGCAGGAAUUCCCCUCCAAUAAUACCCCGGAGUCGUACCAUGGAUGCGGGUGUAGGUGUGCCAGUGCACAUAGCUAAAGAAAAACCUCCUAUAAAUGUAGUUGGUGAUGUUGGUGGAAGAAUUGCAAUUAUCGUGGAUAAUCUCAUAGACGAUGUGCAGUCAUUUGUAGCCGCAGCUGAAGUAUUGAAAGAACGUGGAGCAUACAAAAUCUAUGUGAUGGCUACACACGGACUCCUUUCCUCUGAUGCUCCUAGAUUGAUUGAGGAUUCUCCUAUUGAUGAGGUUGUGGUGACCAACACAGUGCCUCAUGAACUGCAGAAGAUGCAGUGUCACAAGAUCAAAACCGUUGAUAUAUCCAUAUUAUUGUCAGAGGCAAUAAGAAGAAUGCAUAAUAAAGAAUCCAUGUCAUAUCUGUUUAAAAAUGUCACUCUUGAAGACUAGUUUGUCACGAUCAUUGCCAGUAUAUUUGAAGAAUUAAUAUAAAUAUUCAAUAAGAUAUUGCUCGAGAGUAGCAAGGUGCGAUGUUCUCAGAUUGUGAAUGCACAUCAUGCUACAAACUCAUUUUUUAAAAUAGUCUCGCAUAACGUGCUGAUAUAAGUUUAACUUUUUACAAGAUUCCUUAACUUGAAUUCACAUUUGUUUGUGGAUAUUAAAAUCAUUUAUCUUAUUUCAAUGGUAUAUGUAAAAAUACAUUUUCACAGUAGUUAAGAAGUCACUUUUAAAACCUUGUGAACUAAGCCUGUUGUAUUAUAUAUGUAUUCUUUUUUUGUAGCAGUAUUUUUUCAAGUAUUUGGAUAACUGCAUUUGUAUUGGUUUAUUCUCUAGAUUUUUAAGUUAAAAUUGUUGUAAAAUGUAAAAAUAAACAUACAUCCUUACAAAUAAGGUUUCAUUCAUUGUCUAUAAUACUUCCAGCAAAUAUGAAAGAUAAAAAAC